GCCCACAGGAAUUACUUCGCCUCCAAUUUGAAUCACUGCACACUACCUUUUUACACUUAUAAAUUAUGGCGGAUGAUGCUGCUAGGAAGCUUCAGUUUGAAUACAAAGUCAACUCCAGCCUAGUCCUAUUGACGGACAGGUCGCUCAUCGACCGCCGUCCCCGUGAUGAAUCGACGGGCGAGGUUUUAAGUCUAGCUGGAAAAAUUCGUGUUCAAGAAAUGGGACACAAAUCUCAACGCACAAAGCCACCAAUGUUACAGGAAAAACGAGCGAAACGCCAAAAGCGUGACGAAAUGCAGCAAGACCCUAUGAAAUUGAAAAGUGCCAGCUUGCUAAGUGAUGACCUAGAUGAUGUUGCUGGCAUCAUGUACCGGCCCAAAACUCCUGAUACCAAAAAGACUUACGAGUACAUACUUCACUGUAUUCAAGAAGCCCUUGGUGAUCAGUCUCGGGAGAUCCUGUGUGGUGCCGCCGACGAAAUCAUUGCCACUUUGAAAAAUACCCACUUAAAGGACAGAGAGAGACGAAAAGAAGUUGAAUCCCUCCUUGGCCCACUCGCUGAUGAGAGGUACAACAUAAUUUUUAAUUUGUGUAAGAAGAUUACCGAUUGGAAAGAUGAGGAACCAGCUCCUGCUGGUGACAACAUCGACGAAACAUACGGUGUUAACGUCCAGUUUGAAGAAUCGGACCAGGAGGAUGAAGAGGAUGCUUUUGGGGAGAUAAAGGAAGACGAUGAUGAUGAGCAAGAAGGCGAAGAGGCCGUUGUAGAGGUGACACUACAAUCUCGCUCUGACGAAUCCGCCAAAUCAUUUCGUCAAGCGAGUGAAAAUGUGCGACCACGUGACAUCGAUGCCUUCUGGCUACAGCGCAACUUGGCCAAGCAUUGCAAGGACCCUGUGCUUGCCCAAGCGAGGGCUCGCGAAUGUUUGGAAAUUCUCCAGUCUGCCGUGGAUGACCGUGACCUUGAGAACCGUCUCGUUCGAGCCCUAGGUUACGGGCAGUUUGACUUCGUUAAAAUGCUCCGUGUUAACCGCAUGAUGAUUCUGCAUUGCAUACUUUUGGCUCAAGCCCAAACCGCCCAGGAGCGCAACCAGAUCGAGUCGAAAAUGCGGGGUGACCCGCAUCUGGCCAAAGUCCUGCAUGAACUUCGUGAGACAGAUGCACCAUCAGAUACCGUUACUGAGGAACGACAGCGAAAAUCUAUGCAACGUGUAAAUCGCCUACAGUCGGAUAUCGAACAAGCGAAUACCGAAAUCAGUGGCUUACAAGUUAUCGAAGAUGGAACGGUUGGAGUUGCAAAUUUGCUCGAUCUAGACAGUCUGGCGUUCUCUCAAGGUGGACAUUUAAUGGCCAAUAAACGAUGUCAGCUACCCGAUGGGUCAUAUCGGGAACAGAAGAAGGGUUAUGAAGAGGUUCACGUUCCCGCAUUGCGGCCAAGAGCGUUGGAGCAAGGGGAUACUCUGAUCAAAAUUGAAAAACUCCCAGCUUACGCUCAAGCAGCUUUCGAAGGAUGUAAGACGCUCAAUUUGAUUCAAAGUCGCUUAUGUCGUGCCGCGUUGGAGACGGACGAAAAUUUGCUACUGUGUGCACCAACUGGUGCGGGUAAAACUAACGUGGCCUUGCUGUGUAUCAUGCAUGAGUUGGGAAAAUUCAUCAACCCGGAUGGCACAAUCAACAAAGAUGAUUUCAAGGUGAUUUACAUCGCUCCAAUGCGUUCACUUGUGCAAGAAGUGGUCGGCAAUUUUAACAAACUUUUGAGCAGCUAUGGGAUCAAAGUUGAUGAGUUGACCGGCGAUCACCAGCUCACUCGCGAACAGAUCUACGACACACAGGUCAUAGUGUGCACUCCGGAGAAAUGGGAUGUCAUCACUCGGCGCGGUGGCGAUGAACGGGCGUACAUCAGUCUUGUUCGCCUAAUCAUUUUUGAUGAAAUUCAUCUUCUUCACGAUGACCGUGGCCCCAUUCUCGAGGCGAUCGUUGCCCGGACUCUGCGUGCAGUCGAGGCCACGGCAGCGACUGGAAGCGGGUCCAAUGAACUAGGUGGCGGAGGGGGAGUUCGUCUGGUUGGACUGAGCGCCACGCUUCCAAAUUAUGAGGACGUGGCGACGUUCCUACGAGUCGAUUGCGCCAAAGGAUUAUUUUACUUUGACAACAGCUAUCGACCAGUCCCUCUGGAGCAGCAGUAUAUUGGUAUCACGGAGAAAAAGGCAGUGAAGCGAUAUCAAACAAUGAAUGAUGUUGUGUACACCAAAGUGAUGGAGAAUGCGGGCCGGAAUCAGAUCUUGAUCUUCGUGCACAGUCGUAAGGAGACCGGCAAAACGGCUCGUGCAUUGCGUGAUGUUUGCUUGGAGAAGGACACGCUUGGCAUUUUCAUGAAGGAUAAGAACGCCUCUGCCGUUGUCCUUCGUCAGGAGGCUGAGCAGGUGAAGAACACCGAGUUGAAGGAUCUAUUGCCUUACGGUUUUGGUAUCCAUCAUGCUGGAAUGAGUCGCGUAGAUCGGACUCUGGUGGAAGAUCUUUUUGCAGAUCGUCACGUACAAGUCUUAGUCUCCACGGCUACUCUUGCAUGGGGUGUCAAUUUACCCGCACACACCGUGAUCAUCAAAGGAACUCAGAUUUACAGUCCUGAAAAAGGACGGUGGACGGAACUGGGCGCUUUGGAUGUAAUGCAAAUGCUCGGUCGAGCCGGUCGCCCGCAAUACGACACCAAAGGUCAAGGUAUUCUUAUCACAAACCACACCGAGUUGCAGUACUAUUUGAGUUUGAUGAAUCAACAACUACCUAUAGAAAGCCAACUGAUCUCUCGUCUACCCGAUGUUUUGAACGCUGAGAUCGUGUUGGGUACCAUCACUACCGUGCGCGAGGCGGUCACAUGGCUCGGAUUCACCUAUUUGUACAUUCGAAUGCUGCGCAAUCCUAGCCUUUAUGGUGUCCCUGAGGGAAGUGAGAAGUCCGAUCCAUGGCUCGAACACUAUCGCCGGGAUUUGAUCCACACUGCUGCACUCGAGCUAGAUCGAUGUCAGCUGAUUCGGUACGAUCGGCGCGUCGGUAGUCUUCAAUCGACCGAACUAGGUCGUAUCGCAUCGCAUUACUAUCUGACUCAUAACACCGUUAUGUCGUACAACAAACUACUGCGGCCGGGCCUCGGUGAAAUCGAGUUGUUUAGAGUGUUUGCGGCUAGUUCGGAAUUCAAGCACAUGACAGUACGUCAGGAGGAGCGAUUUGAGCUGGCGAAACUCUUGGAGCGGGUGCCCAUCCCCAUCAAAGAAUCAGCGGAGGAGCCGUCGGCCAAAGUGAAUUGCCUACUGCAGGCCUACAUAUCUGGAUUGAAGCUAGAGGGCUUUUCUUUGGUGUCCGAUAUGGUCUACAUCACGCAAUCGGCUAGCCGCUUGGUUCGAGCUAUUUUCGAAAUUGUGCUUCACCGCGGAUGGGCUGAACUUGCUGAUAAUGCACUCACGCUGGCCAAAAUGGUCGAGCGCCGUAUGUGGGAGUCCAUGUGUCCUUUGCGCCAGUUUAAGAAGCUUCCCGAGGAAGUGAUCCGGAAGUUGGAAAAGAAAUCCAUCCCAUUCGAUCGCCUAUACGAUAUGAACCACCAUGAACUUGGUGAAUUGGUUCGAAUGCCAAAACUAGGCAAACCGUUGCACAAAUAUCUUCAUCAGUUGCCUCGUCUGGAGAUGAGUGUCCACGUGCAACCAAUUACCCGGUCCGCUUUGCGUGUCGAAUUGACCCUCACCCCCGACUUUAGCUGGGAUGAAAAAACGCACACGACCAACCAAGCGUUUUGGAUUUUUGUCGAGGAUGUAGAUGGAAACACGAUCCUGCAUCAUGAAUUCUUCGUUUUGAAGCAGCGUUACGCAACCGAGGAGCAUGUGCUUCGAUUCGUCGUUCCUAUUUUCGACCCACUCCCUCCGCAUUAUUACAUCACUGCGGUCUCUGAUCGAUGGAUUGGUGGGGAGGUCACGCUACCCGUAUCAUUCAGACAUUUGAUCUUACCAGAAAAAACUGUUCCACCUACGGAACUUUUGGAUUUACAACCUCUUCCCAUCACUGCUCUAAGGAACAAGGAGUUUGAGGCCCUGUACACAGAUCGUGUUCGCGUGUUCAACCCGAUUCAAACACAAGUCUUUAACUCUCUGUACAAUUCCGACGAAAAUGUGCUGAUCGCUGCACCUACGGGGAGCGGGAAAACCGUGUGCGCUGAGUUGGCCAUCUUCCGUUUGAUUGCAGCCAGCGCCGCCAGCCAAGCAGACCCAAGCAGUGGUGGUGGUUCCACCGGCAACUUCAGAUGCGUCUAUGUUGUGCUCCAUAGCGACCAGGUCGAGCAGCGAUACGCAGAUUGGACGAGUCGGUUCGGCGAAAAACUCGGCAAACGUGUGGUCCGGCUUACUGGGGAAACGUCGGUGGAUUUGAAACUGCUUGCCAGGGGACAGAUUAUUGUGACCAUACCCGAGCACUGGGAUGUGCUCUCUAGACGUUGGAAGCAGCGCAAAAAUGUGCAGAACGUCAACCUUUUCAUCGCGGACAACCUUCACUUGGUGGGCUCCGAAUCCGGUCCGGUGCUCGAAGUGGUCUGUUCUCGGAUGCGUUACAUCAGCAGUCAAUUGGACAACCCCAUUCGCAUUAUCGGCCUGGCUCACAGCUUGGCGAAUGGUCGAGAUGUGGCUAGUUGGCUUGGCUGUUCCUUCGCAGCGACUUACAACUUUCCAGCUGUCGCUAGGCCCGUUCCUCUGGAACUUAGUGUCAUUCCGUUCAACAUCUCACACCAAGCCUCUCGUCUCCUGGCUAUGACCAAACCGAUCUUCCAGCUAAUUAUUCGCUUGGCUGUGACCCAGAGCCCUCCCGGUAGUCUUCAUCCCUUGCAACGCAAGCCGACUCUUAUCUAUGUGCCCACCAGGCGCCAAGCACAGCGUACGGCGUUGGAUUUGAUAACCAUAUCCGCAACGUGUGCGGCUUCUGGCUCAUCAUCAUCGUCCAAGUUUGUACCGAUUUCGGGUCACCUGGAAGAGGCACUUUCACGUGCAGCCGAUCAGCUAGCUGAUCAUGCCCUAUCUGAGGUCGUUCGCCACGGUGGAGGAAUUGCUUACUUGCACGAAGCUAUUUCCAAGGCAGAUCGCCGUUUGAUCGAAGUUCUAUUCGCUGCUGGUGCGUUGCAUACUGUGUUAGUUUCCCGCGCUUUGACCUGGUCCUCUGCUUCUACCAGCCCCCUUGCCGCCUAUCUGGUCAUCGUAAUGGACACACAGGAUUACAAUGGAAAAAUCCACGCCUACGAAGAUUAUCCGAUUGUAGAUCUAUUGGAGAUGUUGGGCCAUGCUAAUAGACCCAAUGUGGAUCCGGAUGCAAAGGCCGUUGUUUUGUGCCACUCGGGCAAGCGCGAUUUCCUCAAGAAGUUCCUUCAUGACCCAUUGCCAGUGGAAUCCCAUCUGGACCACGCGCUUCAUGACCAUUUCAACGCAGAAAUUGUCACCAAGACGAUAGAGAACAAACAGGAUGCUGUGGACUAUCUAACUUGGUCAUUCCUAUAUCAACGUAUGACUCAGAAUCCCAACUAUUACAAUCUUCAGGGCGUUACUCACAGGCAUUUAAGUGAUCACCUGAGCGAGUUGGUGGAAACCACCCUGACUGACCUGGAACAUUCAAAGUGUAUAUCCAUAGAGGAUGGUAUGGAUCUAUGUCCCCUCAAUCUGGGCAUGAUCUCCGCCUACUACUACAUCCAGUAUAACACCAUUGAAUUGUUCAGUCUUUCCUUGACUGGCAAAAUGAAGAUUCGUGGCCUUUUGGAUGUGAUCAGCAACGCUUCCGAAUUCGACAGCCUUCUCCCUGUGAGACACCACGAAGAUGCAUUGCUCCGCCAGCUCUCCUCCAAGGUACCACAAAAGUUGGCACCGAAGGCCAAAUUCUCCAGCCCACAUGUGAAAGCGAACCUGUUACUUCAGGCACAUCUAUCACGUCUACAGCUCCCAACGGAGAUGCAGACUGACACGGACCGUUUGCUCGGUUGCACAAUCCGACUUAUUCAGGCCUGCGUCGAUGUGCUGUCCAGCAAUAGUUGGCUCGGUCCUGCUCUGGCAGCAAUGGAAUUGUCUCAGAUGAUUACACAAGCGGUUUGGCACAAAGACUCUUACCUGCGCCAGUUGCCUCAUUUCACAGCAGAACGUAUCGCCAAGUGUCGAGACGCCAAGAUUGAAACUGUGUUUGAUCUAAUCGAAAUGGAUGAUGACGCACGCAACAAGUUACUCAGUGACCUGACCCAAACCCAAAUGGCCGAUGUGGCCAGGUUUUGCAAUCGAUAUCCGAACAUCGAAAUCAGUUACGACGUGGUCAAUGCAUCCGGGGGUAACAUAAACAAGUCAUCUGUUCGAGCUGGCGAAACGGUGACUGUGAACGUAUCCCUGGAAAGAGAGGAAGACAAUGUUGGCCCCGUUAUUGCACCUUUCUUUUCGCAACCCCGCGAAGAAGGCUGGUGGUUAGUGAUUGGUGAACAAAAGACUAACUCGCUUGUCGCCAUCAAGCGGCUCUUUGUCACACAGUCCAUGAAGGUGCGACUAGAUCUGACUGCACCCACGCACUCGGGCAGGCACGAAUUCACCCUCUUCUUCAUGUCAGACGCCUACAUGGGUUGUGAUCAGGAGUACAAAUUCACCAUGGACGUUCGCGAGGGUGCCGGCGGCCGCUCACAUGCUGACUGAAGCACCCGAUUUCCCCUCCCCCUUCACACUUUGAUAACUCGCACCUCACAGCCACCACUUUGUUGUAAAUGCAUUUUUCGAAUUUCUGCCCUUCAUCUUUGCUGUCUUCCGGCCUGCUCGCUAAAUCCCG